AGUUUUCAUUUUGACGUAGAUUCUCCGAUUUACAAGAAGGGUGAUCCAAAUCAAGCUGGUGAAGGAGGAAAACCUGUCAAAAUCAAAAAAGAAGAAGUAUUUUUUGUUUUUUGUAGAUGCAAAACGGAAAAAUAUUCAGAAAAAUUGCCGAGUACAUCGGUAAUAAUUUGUUUCCAUAAUGAAGCAUGGUCAGUGUUACUGCGAACAGUGCAUAGCGUUAUCGAAAGGACACCAAGCAAUUUACUCACAGAAGUGAUUUUGGUUGACGAUUUUUCGAAUAUGGAACAUCUGAAGAAGGACUUAGAGGAAUAUAUGGCGACAUUGAAAAAGGUACGUAUACUAAGGAUGGAGAAGCGUGAAGGUUUAAUUCGAGCUCGUUUAAAAGGUGCGGCUGUUGCAAAGGGACCGGUGAUAACAUUUCUUGAUUCACACUGCGAAUGCAUGGAAGGAUGGAUAGAGCCGCUACUUGAUCGUAUAAAACGGAACACGUCAACAGUGGUUUGUCCAGUGAUCGACGUGAUUGACGAUCAAACGUUCGAAUACCAUUAUUCAAAAGCGUAUUUCACGAAUGUCGGUGGUUUUGAUUGGUCUUUGCAGUUCAACUGGCAUUCCAUUCCUGAACGUGAUCGUAAGAACAGACAGAGGCAUAUUGAUCCCGUCAGGUCACCCACAAUGGCUGGGGGUUUAUUCUCGAUUGAUAAAGCUUAUUUCGAAAAACUUGGCACUUAUGAUCCGGGGUUCGAUAUUUGGGGUGGUGAAAACCUGGAAUUAUCGUUCAAGGUUGGUUAUUUUUUGAUAUGA